UUUAUCUCCCUCCCACUUGAAGGACAGAAACAUUUGAAAACUAUAAUCAAUCUCCAUUACUCCAUAGUCCAUACCUUCCUCCAUUGAAGGACGCAACUCAAGCUUGCAAGUUGCAUCCAUGGCCAAACUGCUUCACUCAACUCCUCGUCUCCACUCAAUUCACCGCCAUAGUCUUCACUUCCUCUCCACUUUCUCUCUAUCUUCAUCAGCACCUUCUCCUUCCUCCAUUGUUUCUUCUACUUCUACAUAUCAUUUUCUCUCUCCUAAUUCCUCGUUAUCGCUCUCCAUUUCUCGUCCUCAAUCCUUCGCUCUCUUCCUUUCUCCGAUUUCUCGCCGCAAUUUUUCUGUUUCCGCAUUUGAUUCUGAUUCCAAUUCUUCCUCUACUCAAGUUGAUUCUAAACCUAAGCUUGAAGAAAAAGGUGAAGAUAGUGGUAAUGGAGCUCCGAAAACCGAGGAAUUUCCUACCGGUGAGUUUGAGUUCAAAGAAUUUGGUCUUUGGAAGAAUUUUGUCGUUAAAUGCCGUAUGCUGAUUGCUUUUCCUUGGCAAAGGGUUAAGAAAGGCAGUGUAUUGACCAUGAAAUUGCGUGGACAGAUAUCGGAUCAAUUGAAAUCUCGGUUUUCACAAGGAUUGUCGCUUCCACAAAUAUGUGAAAAUUUCAUAAAGGCAGCUUAUGAUCCUCGGAUUUCAGGAGUUUAUCUUCACAUUGAACCUUUGAAUUGUGGAUGGGGUAAAGUUGAGGAAAUUCGGAGGCAUAUUUUGGAUUUUCGAAAAUCAGGAAAAUUUGUUGUGGGCUAUCUUCCAGUUUGUGGAGAGAAAGAGUAUUAUCUAGCUUGUGCAUGUGAAGAGGUUUAUGCCCCACCAAGUGCUUAUUUUCGGCUCUAUGGUUUAUCUGUUCAAGCAUCAUUUCUUGGAGGUAUUUUUGAGAAAGUAGGGAUUGAACCGCAGAUUGAGAGGAUUGGCAAGUAUAAAAGUGCUGGAGACCAGCUCGCCCGCAAAUCUAUUUCUGAAGAAAACCGAGAUAUGUUGACAACAUUGCUUGACAACAUCUAUGGAAAUUGGCUUGAUAAAAUUUCUGCUGCUAAAGGAAAAAGUAAAGAUGAAGUUGAGAAGUUCGUCAAUGAAGGAGUAUACCAAAUUCAAAGUCUUAAAGAGGAGGGGUGGAUUACAAAUAUAAAUUACGAUGAUGAAGUAAUUUCAAUGUUGAAGGAAAGAUUGGGGAUUCAGAAGGGAAAGAAACUGCCAAUGGUGGAUUACAGGAGAUAUUCAGGGGUGAAAAAAUGGACCCUUGGAUUAUCUGAUGGCAAAGAGAGGAUUGCUGUCAUCAGAGCCUCUGGAAGCAUUAGUCGUGUUCGCAGCCCUCUAAGUUCACCAAUGUCGGGCAUAGUUGCAGAACAGCUAAUUGAAAAGAUACGCAGUGUGAAAGAAUCUAAAAGAUACAAAGCGGUUAUCAUUCGGAUUGACAGCCCUGGAGGGGAUGCUCUUGCGUCAGAUCUGAUGUGGCGGGAGAUAAGACUUUUGGCCGCCGAAAAACCUGUUAUUGCAUCUAUGGUUGAUGUUGCAGCUAGUGGAGGAUAUUACAUGGCAAUGGGAACAGGAACUAUAGUUGCUGAAAAUCUUACUUUGACUGGUUCAAUUGGAGUUGUCACAGGCAAGUUUAAUUUGGGAAAACUCUAUGAGAAAAUUGGUUUCAAUAAGGAGAUCAUAUCAAGGGGAAAGUUUGCUGAACUCACUGAAGCGGAACAGAGACCUUUCAGACCAGAAGAAGCAGAGCUUUUUGCCAAGUCAGCUCAGCAUGCCUAUGCACAGUUCCGAGACAAAGCGGCCUCUUCAAGAUCAAUGCCUGUAGAUAAGAUGGAAGAAAAUGCACAAGGACGAGUCUGGACUGGUGGUGAUGCAGCUUCUCGAGGACUUGUUGAUGCUAUUGGUGGAAUGAACCGUGCUGUUGCCAUAGCAAAGCAAAAGGCUAACAUUCCCCAAGAGCAACCGGUCAACACUGUACAGACUUGGUAGACCACUAAUUUGACUUUUAGCUUAGCUUCAAUGUCACCAUGUUCAUUGGAGCAAGGAAAAAUUGCCAACUAUUUAUGUCGUCUGCCCCACUGAGUUUUUUCCAUCAUAUUCCCUGCUGUGAGAGCUAUUGUGAAUAACGGAGUGCCUAUUGGCCAUUCACUUUUUUUUAUUUAAAUCAUUGAACUUGUAGUCCUGUAUAUUUAUAUCCUUACAAAUUUUCAACCCACAUUGUAUAAAUAAUCCUACCUCUAACUGAACUUUUAUUUUUGAAUAUAAAGUAGCAUUAAUCAACCCAUUAUUGCUAAACCACAGAUUACUCAAAAAUCCUCCGCAGAACCUUAAUUUAUUCUACACAUCAAACCAUUGUAGUCCAGUUAGCGCUAAAGAUUGCUAAAGAAAUUUUGCUGCAUCACUCAUGUAUGUAAUGAGAUUGCUUGUUUAAUUUAUAAAAUGAUGGGGAAAAUACUAAAUUCUUGCUAUGAGAACCAAUACAUAAUUCUAAGUAUUAAGUUUUGGAUAUUUUUCUCACUAAUUAUCUUGAUCUCAAUAACCAUCCCUCCCUCUAUCUCGUCUUUUACGUCUCAAACUUUCUGUCCUCGCCUCCAUCUGUCACUAGUCACUACACCCUUCUCGUCAUCUUCUGCCAUCACCAUCUAUGUAGUUGAAGCAACUUUUGGCGCUAUGAUAGAUUUCAGGGGCCUUAUUAUGUUUCCUAAUUGAUUAAAUGGAUGAGGAUAUAACUCAAACCUGUAUCUCUUCCCCCUUGGGUUUUAUGGGACCUGAUGUGUUGUGUUAUUCAGACUCUUUAUUUCUUUAUUUCACCUCAAGUAUUCGUGUCGGAUCCCCGACACUUGGACAUUGUUACCACACUUGACAGUUCUGUUUCUUUUACCGACAGUUAGUUUUAUUGAUUCCAAAACCAUACUUGAUAUCAAAAAUGUCACAGAAGUAAUUAAAGUUUUAUCUUCUUUAUUAUUCUUGUGAGCUCAUUUUAUGUGCCUGAACUUGGCAGGUAACUCUUGUUGAACUGUCGA